AUGGCCGACGACCCUCCUUCCUCCAGUAAUGUCAACCUUGACGACCAGCGUUUGGAAGACGCAGAGACCAGAGCUACGAGGGAAGAACUCAGACACAGUCACAUUUCCGACAACGGCAACAGCACCACGCAAGCUCCCCUGUCGAUUCUGUCCAACACACGAAACCAGGACGGCCAGGGUGAAGACGACGAUAUGAAGCUGCGAUCCGGGAAGGAGUUCAACCUUCCUGCUCCGACCUCCGUGCAAAGAAAGAAGACACCAGAUCUCUCGCCGCCCGAGAACCUGUCCCGAGACAAUGCUGGCGAGAGGAAGGUCUCGUCGCCCAAAAAGAAGCGCGCGCAUGACGAGGUGGAAACACACAAGGACUCUGAAGGCCAAGGCAGCAACGGUACCGACUCAGACGGAUGGGUUAUGGUCGACGAAGGCGACACCAACAAGAGCCGGUCUGAGCCCCAGAAGAAGCGGGCACGCGACGAGACGAGCCCGCCGGCGGAGUUGCACCAGUCCAUAGCGACAACUACUUCAGAUGCCCCCAAGGUCGACUUCCCAGGCAAGGACAGCCAACAACCACAAACCUCCCCCUCCAAAUUCGCCGAUUCUGGCUUCGCCAAGCUAGCUGCUUCCUCUUCUUCGCCGUUCGCCGCGAUUGGAGCCCAGAAGAGUGUUUUCGGCGGGGCGUCCGCAGCCGCGCCAUCGCCGUUCGCAAGCUUCGGCGCACCAGCAUCCACAGCAGCGUCGACGUCAACACCACUCAGCCCACCGAAGCUCAGCUUUGGAAGCAAGGAUGCAUCCGCUCCAUCGCCUUUCGCUGCCAUGAAUGGCGCCAAACCGGCAACCGGAGGCUUCGGAAGUGGCUUUGGUGGCGGGAGCCCCUUCUCAAGUGCGCUUGGUGGAGCAGGACCAAGGACUGGCAAUUUCGCUUCGCCUGGGCAGCCUCCUAUUAUUAAGAGUGAUAAGCCAGCGAAACCGUUUGGUGCCCCGGAUAGCGAUGCCGAAGAUGAGAGCGACGACGACGGCGACGACGACGACGAGGAGGCCGGCGCAGGUGGCGAAGCUGAUGCAGAGAAGGAGAAGGACGAGACUGCCAGCACUCAUGAGUCAACGCCUGCCGUCGGAGAAGACGAGAAAAAGGGCAAAUUUAAGCGAGUCGCUGUCGACGAUGGUGAAGCCGGCGAAACCACCAUAGUCCAAGUACGUGCGCGCAUGUACUAUCUUGACAAAACGCCCAACGCGGACAACACAGGCCAGGUUGGCUGGCGUGAGCGCGGCGUCGGUAACCUGCGGAUCAACGUGCCGGAAGAUUCAGUGACUGUGGAUCCCGAGACGGGCGCCGUGGAUCCGAAAUCAUUCGAUCCCGCGGUCCUGAAAGACAGUACGGCCGACAACCCCAAGCUUGUUCGGCUGGUCAUGCGGCAAGACUCGACGCUGAGAGUUAUCUUGAACACGGUAAUGGUGGCAGGCAUGGACUUUCAACUGAAAGAAGGCUUCAAGACGUGGAGUGUACUGUUCACGGCCAUAGAGGGUGAUGAUGGCCAGUACGUGCCGAUAACUAUGAAGAUGAGCGCGCAGAAUGCUGGAGCUUUCUGUGACAAGGUGGAAAUGAUCAAGAAGAAGCUGAAGGAGCAAGCUGCGAAGGAUGAGAAAGACAAGGCAUAA